AUGUCUGAACUCCCUCAAUUGGUUAAGGACGCAGUUCUUGCUUCUAGUGAACCGGUCGCCGUAGAUUCUCUGGAAAUAAGGGGGUAUGACUUUAGCGACGGGGUAGACUAUCAUGCUUUGCUUGACUCAUACAAAAGGACGGGGUUUCAGGCCACUCACUUUGGAAAAGCAGUGGAGGAAAUAAACAAGAUGGUAAGAGCAUUGUACGUAACGAUAAGUCAGAGAAAGAUUAUUAUUUUAUUUCUUAAGACCCAGUCACGUCGUUAUUUCAUAUCUGGGAUGAAAGCUUGGAUAAAAGAUCAUGCUAUUAAAAUUGUUUAUUCUGCCGGCAGUGCUCAUAAAAAACCAGUGUGAAUGGGGGACUCCCAAAUUAACAAGAAGGGAAUGCUCGUCGGAAAUUAAGAAUCAUAACUGCUAAGAAGACCAGUCUGGGUAUGGCUCAGGCUUUCUUUGCACCCUUUAGGAGACAGACUGCUAACUAAGUUUUAUGGUGUUUUUCAUUGCACUAAAGAUGAUGACGUCGGACGCUGGAUUCAACACAGCAUGUCACUAUAUACAGAUAGUUUUUUACUCACAACCCUAAGUAAUACCUGUGUGGGUAAAAAUAUUGGCAUUGUGUACUGAACAGUCUGAGGGAGCAUUCAUUAUUUAUGGGGUGCGGGUGGGGGUGACUAUAAGGAUUUUGAGGGGAGGGUGGCCUUUUUCUUGUGUAACAACAUCAUUUUGCAGGGGCUUAUCAGGUGUUUGCAUUUAAGUCUUAAUAUCAGUGGAACUUGUGUCCGUGACGUCUAUUUUGACAGCCCACCUAUAAUGAAUACCUGGACAAUACAUACAAUUGGAUGUCCCUUUGAUAUCCAUAUUUACUGGCUCCCACUGAAACACGUGUUCAUUUUACUGUUUAGAUCCAAAAGAAGCUUGAACCUCUUCCUACUACUGACGAUGCUGCCACUAACCAUGCCGAUCCUGAUGAACGACCGAUAGAUAAUUGUACGAUAUUUGUAGGCUUCACUUCUAACAUGAUAUCAAGUGGUGUUAGAGAGACCAUAAAAUACUUGCUAAAGAAUAAUAUGGUAGGUAAGAAAGGUUUUGGUGUGAUAUCCACAUUUAUACAGCACAGCUAUUUUAUAGGUGAAUUUACUAGAUCCUUGGCUAUAUAUAGAAGGUACUUUAUGUAUAGCUUUAUGUAUAACUUUCCUUCAAUUGAACAGCAAAUGAAAAAGAAAAAAUGAAAGGUUGAACUAAACACCAUGUUAAAAAAGAAGGGUCUUGGUAGUUAUAAUAUUUCUUGUUUUGAACAUCAAGAUCCUUCGUCUCCCAGUUGCAUUUUUCAUAUAUUUGUGGUGAUGGAGGGCAUGCAUCUUUCAGGUAGACUGUAUUGCUACAACAGCUGGAGGUAUUGAAGAAGACCUUAUGAAAUGCAUGGCCCCCUCAUAUUUGGGUGAUUUUUCAUUGCGUGGUGCUGAACUGCGCAAGAAAGGAAUCAACAGAAUUGGCAACUUAAUUGUACCAAACAACAAUUACUGCAAGUUUGAAGAAUGGAUCUUGCCAAUUUGGGACAAACUACUGGAGGAGCAGAAUACCCAGGUAUUGUAAAUUACUUUUGCUCAAUUUUUCUGCUCUAGAAAUCGCUUAGUAUACUAGUAAUAACCAAAGGUUACAGAGUGCAGACGACAACAAUAAUAUUGAAGGUCAAAACGCUUUUGCUUCAUCACUGUACUUCACGUAAGUUUCACGUGACAGGUAGUCAAUACACGCAUGAUCAGAUUAUGAGUGUCGCGUGAUCAAAUUGCAUUCUGUGCAUUCCAUUCAUUCUUAAUGGAAGUCCACACGAAUGCUGGCUACAUACAUGUGACACAUGGGUAAUAACAACCUGGUGAUUAGGAUUGCGGGCGCAAAUACAUUAAAACUGUACGGUGGAACCCCACUCUAUGGACACCCACUUAAUACGGACACUCAUUUAUAACAGACAGUUUCGUUUGUCCUGACCAAACACUCCUAAUUUUAAAUAAAUUUUCUCUAAAAUUAAUGCGGUUAAUAUGGACAACGGACACUUUUCUUUGUCCCAAGUCACAAAUUCCCAUAUAUCAUUACCCAAGUACUGUCUAUGACUGAAUGUCUUACCAGUGAAAACCUAACCAAAAUGGUGGAUGGCCUUUCAAAGGUUCUGUCUGAUACUUAGUCCACCUGGCUGAGUCACAAACUAAACCCAUCAAAAAUUCCAUUGUCAUCUUUCAACAACAAUAUUAUUAUUGGAAGGUUUUAAAAGUUAAUUUCGAUCUGAGACUGUGAUAAAAUAAAUGAUUGAGAGUUUUCUUUAGGAUGAACUUGUUAAAGUUACAGUCAACAUUCCCAAUAAAAUGUCUGCUGUAGUCUUUUGCAACUAAUCAGACGACAUUGUAUGUAGAAUGUUGAGUUACUUCAAGCUUCAUCACUAAUGGUAUCUUGCAACUCUAGGGAGUAAAAUGGACUCCAUCCAAGGUUAUUGCACGGUUAGGAAAAGAAAUAAAUCACCCAGACUCUGUAUGUUACUGGGCCUACAAAGUGAGUAACAAUCUUCAGGCUGCUUCUUUAAAAAAAUCUUCUUUGAAAUUGUGUGUUUGAGUAAGUAUGUGUUUGUGUUCGAAUAAUUGUUUUUAGCUUCAACUCAACUUUGCCAAGAUGACAGGUUCUGCACAUUCCCUUCUGCUAUUUUUUUUUUCAUCAGAUGAAUUGGGUUCAAUUGAGUUGAUUUAACCCAAACUUAUCCCUUUCCUUCAUAAUAGUAGCCAACAAAAACACUUACAAGGAAGUUCGAAUUUCUUUUUGAAAAAUCCUACAAAAUAAAUAGUACUGUGCAAAAGUUCUGUUAAAUGGGUUACACUUGAAUAGUAACAUAGUAACACCAUAGGUUUUGGUCAACAGAUUUAAAAGUUCGAGUGGCAAAUGAUCUUGCCAUAGCAUGGUGUAGGAAUAAAAGCCUUUUGUCAGUGGGCUAGUGAAAGAUACACUAUUUUAUUCAGUUAUUCCUCACUCAGGACGUUAGAGCCAUGGAAAUGUCAUGGUGUCUUUGCAUUUUUAAUAUUCCUUGUUUUUUUAUAUAAAACUAUUUGUUAGAACUUAUUCCCCUCAGCCUCAAUCUUAGGGCACUUUAAUACCAAAGUCAGAGCUGUAGGCUAGCCAGACCUAUCAAUUGGAGAAUGAAGUAGGCUUUUUUCUGAGACUUCUUUCAAAAAACCCUAUCAUUGUCAUGUGUACUGUGCAUACCAUAUUCAGCAAUAGACUUAUCUGUCUACAACUGUAAAAUUCCAAAAUUAAGCCUGGGGCUUUUAUUUUUCAAAGGGCCUUUUUGAGGGGCUUAUUUACAGAGGGAAAUUUGUGUUUCUAAAUUGAUUGGGCUAGCCUUAUAGUUGAAAGUAAAUUUACCGUUUUUGCUUUGUUUUACUUUGUAUUUGAGGGCAAUUUUCCAAGUACAAGCCCGCCGGGGGGCUUAUAUUUGGACGGGCAAUUUAACGGAAGAGUUUUUGGGUUACCCAUUUGGAGGGCUUAUACAUGGAGGGGCUUAUUUUCGGAAUUUUACGGUAUUCCUGAUUCAUGGUGCGAUUCUUUUUGCAACUAGGCUGGUCUAUCUGGCCAGUUGUCACUAAUAUAUUGUUGUAAGUGCUCACAAUUUAUUCAAACCUUAAUUAAGCUAUUGUAGUCCCCCUUGCAGUUUGGUUAUUGUGUCUCCACUCUAUCAGGGGUACCCAAUGACUGUUUUUGUUAAAUAUCUGUUCAAAGAAACAAAUAUUGCUUAGAAAUUUCUAUAGCUCAAGAAAGGCUAAAAAUUUCUGGAUAACUGUUCAAUUCAUCUAAGAUAUUGGCAUUUUUUCUGUUAACUUCCCUACGUUUUUUGGAAGUAGAUUUUUCACAUUUAUUCCCAAAAUUCCAUUUUAGACAUUUCCAACUUGUUCGGAAAGAUUCAGUUGCUGGGUGCCUUGGACUCUAUUUCAAGAUAAAAAGACACCCACAAAGGACCGCAAAGCGAGGCCCCUUAGCCCUUGACCAUACUUUAUUAGAAAUUGCACUAUUUACACUUAUAAGACAAGACAAAGGAACAACAUUCAUCUACUGAACCCUAAGUUGAUGCUAGGAAAGCUUAGGAAAAAACACACUUAGAUUUUCAGGUGCGGUUCUUUUUAAUAAUUUACCCACAUCGAUAAAAGAAGCUACGUCACUUUCCAUUUUUAAGAAUUUUCUUAGAUCUCAUUUUAGCCAUUAGUUUUUUCGUAUUAAUAUAAUACUCAGGUAACUUCGAUAACUCUCUUAUUUGUCUUAAUCUUAAACAAAUUGUGAUUUUUUAUAAGAUAAAAUCACUUUUUAAAAAAAUCAUUGUACAUAGUUUUAACGUAGUUUUUAGUUUUUAAAAUUUUAUUGUGUAGUCAUAAUUUACACAGGGGCCCCUUUUGAUACCAGCCAAUGGCUUACAGGGCUACUAUACCCUGCGUAACUAAAGUUGACUUGACUUGGCUCUGCCAGAGCAUUGUUCUGUUAACCUUUUGACUCCUAGACCGUUCAAAGCUCAGUUAUCGUCUGGAGUAUUAAUAUUUGAUCAUGUUAUUAUUCAACAGAAUAACAUUCCAGUAUUCAGCCCUGCCAUCACUGAUGGAGCACUAGGAGAUACAUUAUAUUUUCAUUCCUACAAAAAUCCUGGUUUAGUAAUUGAUAUUGUAGAAGGUAAAUGGAUUAUUUAUGUACAACUCUAUGUGGUUCUAAGAAAGUAAAUAACAACAACAUUUCUCUAUUUUUGUGACAUGUCGACGUUUCUUUAAUUUGUCUAGUGAAUGUGAUACUUUCACAUAUGAAGAUAACUUGUUUUAACUUAACAAGACUUACUGAAAAUAACACUUCUGUCAUCACUACUUGAAGGAGCUAAAUUAAAAAUCCACAGAAAACGUAUUUCUUUGAUAAUCACAUAAAAUCCUUAUUUGCCUGCAUGGCCAUGAAAUAUACAGUCCGUAAUUGUUUUGGCCAGAUGACCAUUCAUUCUAUCCUCACCCCCCUUCAAAAAAGGGAAAUUAUCAAAGAAACCAAUGCUCUUGCACAAAUUCAGUGCUAUUUAAAUUUGUUUAAGUAGGCUUUUCUUCUAGCUAAUAAAACUAGGUGAUAUAUAAACGGCCAAAAUUACGCUGAUAACCAUUUUAUUCUAUUUCUUUUACAGAUGUUAAAAGAAUAAAUAACAUAUCGGUAUUUGCAAAAAAUACAGGCAUGAUAAUUCUUGGAGGAGGACUCAUAAAGCAUCAUAUAUGCAAUGCUAACCUAAUGGUGGGUGUUUCAUCUUUACCACAGUUUAACAGUUACUAUUAAUUUUAUCCUGCAGAAAAAAAUUAAAUCUCAAAUGGUACAAAACAUUCCAGGGAAAACUUUCCCAACAGUUUGAAAACAGAAUUUUUCGUUGAAAACUCAAAUGGUACAAAACAUUCCAGGGAAAAGUUUCCCCCAACAGUUUGAAAACAUAAUUUUUUGUUGAAAACUCAUAUGGUACAAAACAUUCCAGGGAAAAGUUUCCCCCAACAGUUUGAAAACAGAAUUUUUUGUUGAAAACUCAAAUGGUACAAAACAUUCCAGGAAAAGUUUCCGCAAAAGAUUGAAAAGUCCUCAAGUGUACUCCUCCCUUUCCAAUUUUGACCUAUUAAAUGACCCGAAAAUGCCUAAACCAGCUCUCGAAGCAUGCUUACUAAGAGUCUCGUACAGACUGUUGUUGCACGCCGCUUUGGAGACAACCAAAAGAUUUUCCGUGAAAUACACAAAUGUUACUUUUUUCCCGACCGUUAUUUUCCCCAAAAGGUAAAUGCCUUAAGUGACGUGCCUGAGAAAAUAGCCCACAUUUCCCGAGGUCACCACUGGUUUCCCCGCGUAGUGACGUCUGCCCCGGAGAAAUGAGCGCAUACUGAUGACGCGUUACUACCCAGAUCUCGGUAGUGCUUCUGAUUGGCUGAAAAUUGUAUGGAAUUUCCUCGCUCGUUCCUCAGUGAGACGUCGUUUCGCGGGGAAAUCGUCGGUGUCAUCGUGAAAUGUCGGCUGUUUCCUCAGGCUACUAAGUAACAAGGCUGUUGUUGAGGUGAAUGCUGUUUUUUUUUGUUUGUCCUCUCAGCGUAAUGGUGCUGAUUUUUCGGUGUUUGUAAACACUGGGCAGGAGUUUGAUGGAAGUGACUCAGGAGCUAGGCCUGACGAGGCAGUAUCAUGGGGCAAGAUUAAAAUGACUGCGACCCCUGUUAAGGUGGAGUAUACACACAACAGAGCCAUUGAUUAUUACUAAGGAAAGAUCUGGCUAAGGGGGAGGAGCACGAAUGGCACUGAUAGGUUCGUCCUUACCCAUAUCACAUAGAACAAGGGACGGAGACUGCUGUAUGGAAUUUGACACAAGCGUGAUCCAACAGAGAAACGUUUGACUACUUACCUUUCAUUGUUGUGGGUUUUUAACGUAAUGUAGAAUGAUUGUCGAUACGAACCCCCUUUGAAGUUCUCCUCAAGACUGGAUUGCUGUUGGGUCGAAUUGCAUUAUGGGACUAAUUUUUACCCAGUUCCCGGUGCAACUUCGUAGGAGGUAGUAAAAGAAGCGAUUGAUUCCUUAAACCCAUCGUGCAUUUUGACAAAAGACGAACCCUCUGUCAUUCAUUCUCAGCCUCAAAAUGGCCCAUUGUAAAAAUGAGCCAAAUAAUAAUAGCUCAGUAUUAUAUAGCUGUAUAGCAAGCGGGUAGGAUGAAGGGGAUCCUACGUUCUGAUUGGCUAACCAAGUGGGCUGAAUGGGCUCAUCUUGCCUACGCGGGAUUUCCCGCGUUGGUUCCACAAGAAAAAGUGUUCGUUUCGUCCGUGUAAUAAAUCCUUUACUGACCAAGCUUGUUCGGUCAAGGUGGCUGAAUACUGGCCAAUAUCCAGCCCUCAUGACCGAACAAGCUUGGUCAAUAACGCACAUAAAAAAUUGAGACAAAUCGGCGCGGUUCGCACAGUAGCUCAACAGAGCGUCGUACCGCCAUACGGGUUGCUUUCCGUUUGAGAGUCAUUAGGCGUAUAGAAGAAGAUCAUCGCAGUUGUGCCUUGCAGACGCAACUUUUAAAGUUGUGAAAAGAAAGCGUAAAAAAUUAGGUUGUACGGGAUUCGAUCACUUGAACUUUGCAAUACCUUUGCGGCGCUUUACCAGUUACAAAGUUUUGCUAGCAUCAGGCGCGGUUUUUUUUGCAAGUACGAAGUCGUUCUUGCCACUGAUAUUCGUCUGCUGACUCAAAUUUUGAUUCUGCUUUUCCAGGUUUAUGCCGAUGCAAGCCUAGUUUUUCCACUUCUCGUAGCUGAGACGUUUGCAAGGAACUUCAAACUGGAUAAUUAAAACCAAGUUGCCGCAUAAUGCCGAUGUCUCCGAACUGAUCGUGAAUAGAUGAGGCCCAUAGGAGCGACAUAGGACAGCAGAAAUGGUGACAAAUGACACGAAGAUGGUUUAAAAUACCGACAAGAACAUGGCCCACUUCUCAGACCUCGAAACGACCAAAUUUGAAAUUCAGACUUAGGUCAUACGCAUCCCCUCCCCUCCCGACGAU